AUGGCUAACUCUUCGCACACUGAGUUUGAGGGCUGUCUCUUCUCCAUUGUGACUAAGUACAUAUUCACUUUCUGGUUGCUGGUGUACGUCUUUUUCCUGCCUGUUUUCCUUUUUGUCCUCUACAUUGGCUUCAACAAAUGGAAGAAGCCCCAGUCCUCAGGAGGCCUCAGUCACUCCGAUGUCAUCACCCUCAACAUGACGUCCAUGGAGAUGGUGAAUAUCAUCGGGUCAUUUGUUGCUCUAUUUGGCUACUAUGGAUCAAGCAAAAUGGCGCUGAGAGUUGGAGUAAAUACAGUCUUUGGCACCAUGACUGGACAGACACUAUUCCACAGUUUGACAUCUGUGGAGCGUUACCUGGCUGUGGUCCAUCCUGUCACCUACCUGCGGCUGAAGAGAGGGGGCGGAGUCAUCAUCAAAAACAUCAGUCUUGGUAUAGUAUGCAACCGGAGAGGAAAAAGACUAGUGCAAAGCAGGCCAGGUGCUCAUGGCUGCUCUCUCCAUAAGCAGCGCCUCCUCCUGGGCAGAGAGAGCCACAAACUCCCCCUGAAGACCACCAUGCUAUAG